AUGGACUACAUCUGGACAAGGUUAACAACUUUGAUGCAGGCCGAUGAUAUUAUCAAUUUAGUUACUGAUUCUCUCCAUGGAUUAGAGUCUCAAAUAGAUGAAUAUUCUCAAAGAGGAAGUGGAUGGCGUCUGAUAAAAAUUGAUACAAUUGAACUUCGCAUCUUAAAGUUCAGACCAAUUAAAGGUGGUUGCAUGCAACAUCCUCUUCCAACAGAGUUGAUGAAGAAGACAAAGUCCAUACGAACUGUUAAAUGUAUAACUGAUUGUUUCAUGUAUAGUGUAUUAGCUGGUCUUCAUCCGCUGGAUCAUGCUGAACGAACAUCGAGAUAUAGUGACCUUAUUGAUAGGUAUGAUUUUUCUAUGGUUCGUGGCAUAGUCGAAUUACACCAAAUUUCUCGAUUUGAGAAGAGAAAUAACAUCUCAGUGAAUGUUUAUACAUUUGAUGAAGAGGAUAAAAUUGUGAUUCCACUCAAAGUAGUCAAAGAUGAAUGUUCUAAACAUGUAAACUUAUUUUUGUACAAUGAACAUUUUCAUACAAUCACUCGUCUUGAAUCUUUUGUGCGAGGUAAAAAUCACGCUUACUGCUGUCCAAGAUGUCUCUAUCAUUUUCGAGAAAGACAAAAACUAAGUGAUCAUCUUGAGUUUUGUAAAAAAGUCGACCCACAACGUGUAUCAAUGCCAAGUGGUGAAUAUCUUCACAUCUGUCGUAAUAAAUACAACAAAGAGUCAAAGCAUCCUUUUAUGAUUUACGGUGACUUUGAAACUCUGUCAAUUCCAACAGCUAAUGUUACUGGUGAAAUUAAACUUAAUGAACCAUGUAGUUUUGGUUUGAUUGUGGUUAACUGGAGACAAGAAGUGAUCCAUUCAAAAUUUUAUCGUGGAAAUGAUGUGGCUCUUGUUUUCCUUAGAGAAUUGUUAAAUUUGCAACCAUUUCUUGAUCAAUACUUCAAAGACAAUACUUUCCCCAACGUAAAUAUGACACCAAAUGAUGAACUGAUAAUGCGUAAUUCAAAGUAUUGUCACAUUUGUUUGCGAGUACUCGGUAAAGGUACAAUUGUUCGUGAUCAUGAUCAUCUAACCGGUAAAUUCAGAGGAGCGGCCCAUCAGGAAUGUAAUAUUAAUUACCAAGUACCCAAAGAUGUUCCUGUGGUUUUCCAUAAUUUGAAAAACUUUGAUGGUCACAUCAUUAUCAAAGCCCUAGAAAGUGGAAUGUUCAACAGGCCACCGACCAUCCUCGCACAUACAAUUGAAAAGUAUAUUGGAUUUCAACUGGAUAGAUUCAAGUUCAUUGAUAGUUUGGCAUUUUUACCAUCUAGUUUGGAUACACUUUCAUCCCAAUUAAAUGUGGAUAAAAAAGAAAAAUUUAUUAAACAGGCGUUUCCAGGAGAUGUUUCACUGUUAUUGAAGAAAGGAUCUCUUCCAUAUGAGUAUCUGGAUUCACAUGAGAGGUUCAGUGAAACAUCAUUACCUCCCAUCGAAAAAUUUUACUCUACAUUGACUGAUUCAAAUAUAAAUCAAGAAGUGUAUGAUCAUUUGAAUGAAAUUUGGACCAAAUUCAAUUGUCAAUCAUUAGGUGAUUUCCAUGAUAUUUACCUAAAGGUUGAUGUUUAUUUACUUGCUGCAGUGUUUGAAAAUUUCAGGGGGACAAGUAUUGAAUUUUUCAACAUUGAUCCACCUCAUCAUUGGUCAGCACCAGGCUUAACAUGGGCUGCAGCACUUAAAACAACUUGCAUCAACCUCACUUUGUUUUCUAAUCUGGACAUGUUGAUGAUGAUUGAAAAAGGGAUCAGAGGAGGAUUAACUAUGGUCAGCAAGAGACAUGUUGUCGCUAAUAAUCCCCAAGUUCCCAAUUAUGAUCCAUCAAAGCCACAAACUCACAUUAUUUACUUGGAUGUGAAUAACCUUUAUGGGUAUGCAAUGACUCAAAGAUUACCUGUUAGAGGAUUUAAGUGGGUUGACAUUAAUUCAUCAGAUACAUUAUUAGAUGAUAUUUUAUCAACACCAGAUGACAAUGAUUAUGGUUUCUUUGUUGAAGUAGAUCUAGAGUAUCCUCCAGAGAUUCACGAUCUACAUAAUGAUUACCCUCUUGCACCAGAAAGGAGAGAGAUCACAAGGGAAGAGCUGAGUGAUUACCAAAAGUCACUUCUUGUGAAUGUUGAAUCACAAGGUGUUAAAUAUCGACCAACACCAAAAUUAAUGACUACAUUUUAUAAAAAGGAGAAAAUGGUUCUUCAUUAUCGAACUUUAAAGUUCUACAAGGAAAAGGGAAUGUUAAUAACAAAACUCCAUCGUGUUAUCACCUUCUACCAAGAGGUCUGGCUCAAGACAUAUGUUGAUUUCUGUACUGUACAGAGACAAUUAGCUACCAACACUGCUGACAGUAACUUUUGGAAGCUGAAUGUUAAUGCUCUUUAUGGGAAAACUAUUGAAAAUGUAAGGAAUCAUCUCAAUGUAGUUGCAGUUGAUACACCUAGUAGAGCCAACUUCCAACUGAGAAAAGAGCUUUGUGAACGGUUCUUGAUCUUGAACGAUAAUUUGGCUCUGGUUCAGAUUAAAAAAGCAAGAGUUGUCAUGAACAAGCCAAUAUCAGUAGGAUUCUCAAUUCUUGAACUUGCUAAAUUAAAAAUGUAUGAAUUACAUUAUGAUAAGUUCAAGAAUCAUUUCAAUGAUAAGAUUCAGUUGAUUUACACUGAUACUGAUUCUCUCAUCUAUGAAGUUGAAACUGAUAACUUGACACAAGAUUUUCAAUCAUUGUUGGAAAUCAUGGACUUUUCCAAUUAUGACCCUUCCAGUCCCCUCUAUUCAACUGAUAAUCACCGAAAGAUUGGUUACUUGAAGGAUGAAAUGGGUGGAAAGCCAAUUCAUGAAUUCAUUGGGAUCAAACCAAAGCUCUAUGCUUUCAAGACUGAUGAUGGUACCAAGAAAGUGGCCAAAGGAGUUCAGAGGUCAACAUUGAAGAAUAAAAUUGAUUAUGAUGAUUAUGUUAGGUGUUUAUUUGAUGAGAAUGUACAUAGUGAAAAUGUAACAAGAUUAGGGUCACGAAAUCAUCAAAUUAGUUUAAUUAAACAAAACAAAAUAGCUUUAUCACCAUUUGAUGAUAAGAGAUUUCUUUUAAAUGAUAAAAUUAAUAGUUAUGCUUAUGGUCAUCAUAAAUCAAAUGAAACAUUGUAA